AUGUCUCUCAAGUCGUUGGUGCGUCUCGCUGUUCUGGCUGGUCUAACUAGCUCGGUCGCCGCAGUCACGCAAAUCACUGACGAUGAAAUGACAUCGCUCCUUAACGACGGUGGAUUGGAUUUAGCAAACCGAUACGCGCCUCUAUGGUUCUUCGGCCAAGCUCUGAACCAACCCCCGUGCUACCCGACAUGGGCAUACAGCGGAUCGCCCACCACCCCCGAUAUCUAUGAUGAUGCCCACAAGACCCCGGCAGCAGCGCAGUGCGAAUAUCCCAACGUUGGUUGCAACUGCCGGAAUCCGGGGGUUGGUAUCGGGAACCCUGGGCCUGCGUUCCCAGUCUACUAUACCUAUCAGCGCUGUAGUGAUACUGAAGUUCGGGUUGUGUACAACCUCUUCUAUGAGAAAGAUGGCGCGACCUUCGGUGCUAUCCAGACCGGUCAUGACUAG